ACAGCGAAUUUAUUUUCCUCGAUAUUCCAUCAAAAUAUCAAAAUAAACAAUUUGGAAAAGUUAUUUGAGAUAAACUUUAUUAAUAACUACAAGUAUUAAACCAUGUCGGCCGAUGUGCGCGAUAUUCUGGACAUGGAGCGUGCCAACACGCCCGAAGUGACGAGGGAUUCCUUUCUGGCCACCAAGAAGCGCAACUUUGAGCGGACCAAGACGGCAUCCCGUCGUCCGGAGGGAAUGCACCGGGAGGUGUUCGCCCUGCUCUACACAGACAAAAAGGAUGCUCCUCCACUCCUGCCCACAGACACGGCUUUGGGAAUUGGAGCCGGGUACAAACAGACAAAAGCCCGUCUGGGAAUGAAGAAGGUGCGCAAGUGGGAGUGGGCUCCAUUCUCGAAUCCAGCACGCAACGAUUCAGCCGUCUUUCAUCACUGGAAACGAGUGACUGACAAUUCCACCGACUAUCCCUUCGCCAAGUUCAACAAACAGCUGGAGGUGCCCUCCUACACGAUGACGGAGUAUAAUGCCCACCUGAGAAACAACAUCAACAACUGGAGCAAGGCGCAAACAGAUCACCUCUUCGACCUGGCGAGGCGAUUUGAUCUUCGUUUCAUUGUGAUGGCGGAUCGCUGGAACCGUCAGCAGCAUGGCGCCAAGACUGUGGAGGAGCUCAAGGAGCGCUACUAUGAGGUGGUGGCCCUGCUCGCCAAGGCCAAGAAUCAGACUAGUGAGAAGAAAGUAUUCGUUUAUGACGCCGAGCACGAGAGGCGGCGCAAGGAGCAGCUCGAAAAGCUGUUCAAACGCACCACCCAGCAGGUGGAGGAGGAGCAAAUGCUUAUCAACGAGAUGAAGAAGAUCGAGGCCCGUAAGAAGGAGCGCGAGCGCAAGACGCAGGACCUGCAAAAGCUCAUCUCGCAAGCAGAUCAGCAGAACGAGCACGCAUCGAACACGCCCAGCACUCGCAAAUACGAAAAGAAACUGCACAAGAAGAAGGUUCAUACCCAGCCGCGGCCCUCCAAGGUGGACUCGGUGGUGAACGCUAUAGAGAUCGGUAGCAGCGGCAUCAAGUUCGCCGACCUGCGCGGUUCCGGGGUCUCUCUGCGCUCGCAGAAGAUGAAGCUACCGGCAAACAUUGGUCAACGCAAGGUGAAGGCCCUCGAGCAGGCCAUCCAGGAGUUCAAAGUUGAUCCCGCUCCGCCGCCCACGGAGGAGAUAUGCACCUCCUUCAAUGAACUGCGUUCCGAUAUGGUAUUGCUAUGCGAGCUCCGCACGGCCCUGUCCACCUGCGUCUACGAGAUGGAAAGCCUCAAACACCAGUAUGAGGCCGCCUGUCCGGGGAAGACGCUGAACAUCCCGCCCUCACUGGUGCCCAUCAAGACCGAAGCCCUGGACAAUAGCACAAAUUAAUUAAGUUAACGCGGCCCGUUUCCACUCAGAUUCUCCAGACGCCGUGGUGUGUGCGGCGUGCUAAUCAUUUGUAACCCGUUUUCCACUGUCCAUAUUUGUGCAUUUGCGCUACUCCCAGUCCGCAUGGGGAAAUAAAUGGAUAAACAAGAAAA